AUGUGUAUACCUCGAUCAAUUUUACAACCAUCUAAUCAACAAUCUACUUCAUACAGCAUAAACAAAUUAGGUAUCAAAUUAACUGUACCUUUUCUACACAAUUUAUUUGGACAUAUUAAUGUUCAUGAUAUUAAAACCACAAUUGAUCGAAAGAUGAUUUCUGGUAUCACAUCAGCUGAUGUCGAUUGGUCUGGCAUUCACUCCUUUCGAUGUACAUCCUGCAUGAAAGGAAAAUCAACUCGUCACAAGCAUAUUAUAGGUUCUCGUAUAAAAUAUCAAAAAGAAUAUGCUCCCUUUGAAUAUAUCCAUACCGAUAUUUUCGGUCCCAUGUCACAUCUACCAGUCGGAACACCUUCCUAUUUCAUCAGCUUUACCGAUGAAUCUACUCGUUUUCGCUGGGCUUUUCCAUUAUAUUCAAAGGAUUCACAAAAUGUUACUCGCAUAUUUUCAAAGUUCAUUAAUAUGGUGUCUAAUCAGUUCAAGACCAACAUCCUAUCUUUUCAAAUGGAUCGUGGUUCAGAAUUUACAAACGAUCAGAUAACCAAACUCUUCGAAGAUAAAGGGAUUAACCCAAUUUAUACUACUGCUGGUGAUUCACGAGCAAAUGGUGUUGCAGAACGAUUUAAUCUAACUUUUUUAAACGAUUGUCGAACACUUUUACAAGCUACAAACCUACCAAAUUCGACUUGGUUUUAUGCUGUUCAAUUCGCCACACUCAUGCGUAAUGCAUUUUUUAACUCAUCUAUUAAAACUUCAUCAAGAGCAAAAGCCGGUCUUGCAGGUCUGGAUGUGGGUACUAUUCUUCCUUUUGGACAAGAAGUUAUUAUUCACAAAGGAUCAACAACAUCCACGCUUUCUCCUCGUGGUGACGAUGGGUUGGCAUUAUGCCCUUCCCUAGUAUCCCAUGGAUACUUAAUAUAUAACACCAUCACCAAAAAAGUGGUUGACACAUCCAAUUAUUCAACUGUUAAAAGUUCACCAUCAAAAGGCUCCACACCAAAAUCCACAGUCUUCGACACUCUAAUUGCCAUCCACAACUAUCCCGAGAACAUUGAACCAGAAUCUGAACCAGACAUUAACUCACCUAUAGAUUCUUUUACUGAAUCCACAACAACAUUCCCAGACAAAGUUGACAUUCCUACUGAGAACCAAUCACCAUCCAUACUGCCGCACUACCAUCAGUUCAACAUUCUUCUGAAAACAAUGACACUCAUGAAGAAGUUGACAACCUAUUUGAUUCCAUCGUACAUACGAACUCCAAUUAUGAAUCUGAUGACUAUACAUCAGAAAAUGAAAGUAAUAAUGAAAAUGAAGCUAUAUCAUCUACUUCGCCCAUUCAAUCCAAGCCAAUAG